AUGGAUUCGAGGUAUUCCACCGGUGGAUCUGCUCACUAUCGAGACAAUCGAACCCAGCUUUUUGGCUCAUCACAUGCUAGACAAGUGAAUUCGCAACCACCGUCUCGAAUGGACUCCCCUUAUGGCAGUCUGUCCACACCCAACCCCAAGCAUAAUGAAGCAUACUUGUCAUCACUUGAGAGUCAAAACAAUGAGGAUUUGGAUGGAAUGAGUUACAAAGUUGCGGCAUUGAAGAACUUAGGUCUACAAAUGGGCGACGAAAUAAAUAAGUCUAUGCGAUUAAACGAAGAUCUCACUGACAAGUUUGAGAGGGGCAGAGUUUCCUUGAAACAAACUUACAAUCGAAUGAUUGUCAUGAGCCGAGCUGCUGGACUUACAUGGAAGAUGUGGAUCGUGUUUUUUCUACUAUUUUUCCUUUUGUGUUUCUACUUAUGGCUAUUUUAG